AUGUCUUCUCAAGCCAUUCCUAAAAAACAGAAAGCCAUUGUCUUUUAUGAGACAGACGGCAAAUUGGAAUAUAGCGACGUCGCAGUCCCAGAGCCUAAACCUAACGAAAUUCUGGUUCACGUUAAAUAUUCCGGUGUUUGCCAUAGUGAUUUACAUGCAUGGCAUGGUGAUUGGCCAUUUCAAUUGAAGUUUCCAUUGAUUGGCGGUCACGAAGGUGCAGGUGUUGUCGUUAAGUUGGGAUCUAAUGUCAAGGGCUGGAAGGUAGGGGAUCUUGCAGGUAUAAAAUGGUUGAAUGGGACUUGCAUGUCCUGUGAAUAUUGUGAAGUGGGUAACGAAUCUCAAUGUCCUCAUUUAGAUGGUACUGGCUUCACACAUGAUGGUACUUUCCAAGAGUAUGCAACUGCUGAUGCCGUUCAAGCUGCCCAUAUUCCAUCAAACGUCAAUCUUGCAGAAGUUGCACCCAUCUUGUGUGCAGGUAUCACGGUUUAUAAGGCGUUGAAAAGAGCCAAUGUGAUACCAGGUCAGUGGGUCACUAUAUCCGGUGCUUGUGGUGGUUUAGGCUCUCUGGCAAUCCAAUACGCCCUGGCUAUGGGUUACAGAGUCAUUGGUAUCGAUGGUGGUGAGGCUAAAAGAAAGUUAUUUGAAGAAUUAGGCGGAGAAAUAUUUAUCGACUUCACGAAGGAAAAGGACAUUGCUGAUGCUGUAAUUAAAGCCACAAACGGCGGCUCUCACGGGGUCAUCAAUGUGUCUGUUUCUGAAGCAGCUAUUGAGGCUUCUACGAGGUAUUGUAGACCCAAUGGUACGGUCGUAUUGGUUGGUAUGCCAGCUCAUGCUUAUUGUAAGUCUGAUGUUUUCAAUCAAGUCGUAAAAUCCAUUUCUAUCGUCGGAUCUUGUGUCGGAAACAGAGCUGAUACAAGAGAGGCUUUGGAUUUCUUCGCUAGGGGUUUGAUCAAAUCUCCAAUCCACCUAGCUGGCCUAUCAGAUGUUCCUGAAAUUUUUGCAAAGAUGGAAAAGGGUGAAAUUGCUGGUAGGUAUGUUGUUGAAACUUCUAAAUGA